UCCUCAGUCCGCCCCCUCCCUCGCCUCUUCCUGCCGUGCGGUCCUCUCCCCUCCCCGCUCCCUCCGCCCUCCCUGGGCUUCGGCGGCGGCGGCGGCGGCAGAGUGAACGGGACGGGCCCGGCCGCAGAGCUCUGGGCGGCGGGCGGGACUCGGGCGUCUGACAGAGUUGUUGUUCCGGCACGGCGGCGGAGACGAGAGUUGUGCCAGGUGGAUGUGGGCAGAGAGGUUUGCAGGACUGAAAUGGAGGUCAGAGCUUCGUUGCAGAAGGUUACUGGGUCAUCUGAUUCUGUGGCCACACUGAGCAGUGAAGACUUUGUUUUGGUUCCUCAGCACACAGAUGACACUUCUGGAAAGCCACGGCUGAAGAUAGCUUCCAAUAGUGAUGAACAGCUGGAAAAAGCCAUGGAAGAGAUUUUGAGAGAUUCCGAGAAAGGACAAAGCAGUCUACCUGUUGAUGGCCAGGGCUCCAGUGAGAUCUCAGACUAUUCCUUUGGAGAUGUUCCACCCAGCCAAACAAAUAAGCCACCUCUCCAGUUAAUUUUGGAUCCAUCUAAUACAGAAAUUCCCACACCCAGACCAUCUUCUCCAAGCAGAUUUCCUGAGGAAGACAGUGUUCUCUUUAACAAAUUGACAUACUUAGGCUGUAUGAAGGUCUCUUCCCCACGCAGUGAGGUGGAGGCUUUACGGGCAAUGGCCACCAUGAGAGCUUCCAGUCAGUACCCCUUUGCUGUUACUCUGUAUGUACCCAACGUUCCAGAAGGAUCUGUGAGAAUCAUAGACCAGUCAAGCAAUGUGGAGAUAGCAUCUUUUCCAAUUUAUAAAGUGCUGUUCUGCGCACGUGGGCAUGAUGGGACAACUGAGAGCAAUUGCUUUGCAUUUACAGAGAGUUCUCAUGGUUCAGAAGAAUUUCAGAUACAUGUUUUCUCCUGUGAAAUUAAAGAGGCAGUAAGCAGAAUUUUAUAUAGUUUCUGUACUGCAUUCAAACGUUCUUCCAGACAAGUGUCUGAUGUUAAAGACUCCGUCAUCCCGACUCCCGACAGUGAUGUAUUUACCUUUAGUGUCUCCUUGGAGGUCAAAGAAGAUGAUGGAAAAGGAAACUUUAGUCCUGUACCUAAGGAUAGAGAUAAAUUUUAUUUCAAAAUAAAGCAAGGAAUCGAGAAGAAGGUUGUGAUUACGGUUCAGCAAUUGUCUAACAAAGAGUUGGCUAUUGAGAGAUGUUUUGGAAUGUUAUUAAGCCCAGGUCGAAACGUGAAGAACAGUGACAUGCAUUUACUGGAUAUGGAGUCCAUGGGGAAGAGCUAUGAUGGGAGAGCUUAUGUCAUCACGGGCAUGUGGAACCCCAAUGCACCAAUAUUUCUGGCUCUUAAUGAAGAAACACCGAAAGAUAAACGGGUGUACAUGACUGUUGCAGUGGACAUGGUAGUCACAGAGGUGGUGGAGCCAGUCCGCUUUCUCCUGGAGACAGUAGUUCGUGUAUAUCCUGCAAAUGAGAGAUUUUGGUAUUUCAGCAGAAAGACUUUUACAGAGACUUUCUUCAUGAGGUUGAAACAGUCUGAGGGAAAAAGCCACAGCAGUGCUGGAGAUGCAAUAUAUGAAGUGGUGAGUCUGCAGAGAGAAUCUGACAAAGAGGAGCCACUCACCCCUACUAGUGGAGGGGGCCCAUUGUCACCCCAGGAUGAUGAAGCAGAAGAGGAGAGUGAUAAUGAACUUUCAAGUGGAACAGGUGAUGUGUCAAAAGACUGUCCUGAGAAGAUCCUUUAUUCUUGGGGAGAAUUGUUAGGAAGAUGGCACAAUAACCUUGGUGGCCGACCAAAAGGGCUAUUCACCUUGGUAAAGAGUGGUGUUCCUGAGGCGCUAAGGGCAGAAGUAUGGCAGCUAUUAGCAGGAUGCCAUGACAACCAGGCAAUGCUGGAUAAAUACCGAAUCCUUAUCACCAAGGACUCUGCACAGGAGAGUGUUAUUACUCGAGAUAUUCAUCGUACAUUUCCUGCACAUGAUUACUUCAAAGACACUGGAGGAGAUGGUCAGGAAUCUCUUUACAAAAUCUGCAAGGCCUACUCUGUGUUCGAUGAAGACAUUGGGUACUGUCAGGGACAGUCUUUUCUUGCUGCUGUACUACUGUUGCAUAUGCCAGAGGAGCAAGCAUUCUGUGUUUUGGUGAAUAUUAUGUAUGAUUAUAAAUUGAGAGACUUAUACAAAAACAAUUUUGAAGAUCUCCAUUGCAAAUUCUAUCAGCUUGAGAAACUAAUGCAGGAACAGCUGCCAGACCUGUAUAGCCACUUCUGUGAUCUGAACCUGGAAGCUCACAUGUAUGCAUCCCAGUGGUUCCUCACUCUUUUCACUGCCAAGUUUCCACUCUGCAUGGUGUUCCACAUCAUUGACCUUCUGCUGUGUGAGGGUUUGAAUAUAAUCUUUCAUGUAGCUUUGGCUCUUCUAAAGACCUCAAAGGAAGACCUCCUGCAAGCUGAUUUUGAAGGUGCUUUGAAGUUUUUUAGAGUUCAGCUUCCAAAGAGAUACCGGGCAGAGGAGAAUGCAAGAAGAUUGAUGGAGCAAGCUUGCAAUAUUAAAGAGGGUGUGUGCACUCGCACUGAGCUGCCUGCCCUAGGAGUUUUUCCCUGGAUAGUCUGGUCUGGAGCUGGGGCAGCAGCUGCUGCUGUGGAGAAGUCAACUGGCAAGAUGAUGGAAGAAAUCUCCAUUAUGGUAGCCUAUGAUGCCCAUGUUUUCAGCCAACUGCACGAUGAAGACUUCCUCACUAGCCUGGUGGCCAUCAGCAAGCCCAGGUCCAUGGUGCCAACCAAAAAGCUGAAGAAAUAUGAGAAAGAGUACCAGGCAAUGCAGGAGAACCAGCUGCAGCAGGAGGACCCGAUGGAUAGAUACAAGAGGGAGAACCGAAGAUUGCAGGAGGCCAGCAUGAGGUUGGAACAAGAAAAUGAUGACCUUGCCCAUGAACUAGUGACAAGCAAAAUUGCUCUGCGGAAUGACUUGGAUCAGGCAGAAGACAAGGCCGAUGUGCUGAAUAAGGAGCUCCUCCUUACUAAGCAGAGGCUGGUGGAGACGGAGGAAGAGAAGAGGAAGCAAGAGGAGGAGACCACCCAGCUAAAAGAAGUCUUCAGGAAACAGCUAGAAAAGGCAGAAUAUGAGAUAAAGAAGACAACAGCUAUCAUUGCUGAGUAUAAACAGAUAUGCUCUCAGCUCAGUACCAGGCUGGAGAGACAGCAGGCAGCCAGCAAGGAGGAGCUGGAAGCAGUAAAGGGCAAGAUGAUGGCAUGCAAACACUGCAGUGACAUCUUUAGCAAGGAAGGCGCGUUAAAGCCAGUGGCCAUAAGCAGAGAGGACCAGGGCCUUGAAGCAGAUGAUGAGAAGGACUCACUUAAGAAGCAGCUGAGGGAGAUGGAGCUGGAAUUGGCACAAACCAAACUGCAGCUGGUGGAAGCCAAGUGCAAAAUCCAGGAACUUGAGCAUCAGAGAGGAGCACUCAUGAAUGAAAUACAAGCUGCAAAAAACUCUUGGUUUAGUAAAACCCUGAACUCUAUCAAAACAGCCACAGGCACUCAGCCACUGCAGCCCCCACAGGCUCCCCAGCCACCCAAGGAGAGCACAUAGUUCCAGCUUCAGCCAAGCACAAGAGCACAAUGAUCAAAACAUCGGAAUCCAAGAAUUGUUCCUGUUGUCCCUUUGAAGAAACUGAAGGAGACCAGAAAGCAAGUUAGACUCUUUUCAGUAGCUCUGUCUUUGAUGUAUGACAUUUUUCAGAGGAAUGUUAUUUAAACUGACCUGAUUUAUGUUGAAUAUCGAUUUCCCAGCUUUUUCAUGGAAAACCACAUUCAGAUCCAUCAUAGUAUUACAUUGUUUUAUAUGCCUGAAGUUUAGUUGGAAAUGAGUAAUCUAGAACUAAAUGCUUUUGUUUAGAAUUAACUAUUCAUAAUAAUUUUUAUCUUACAUAAAAAUGAAGACAUGUUAUUCCAAGGUUAAAAUGGUAAGAUCUUUGUCGCAGAAUUCUGUUUUUAAAGGGAAACUAAACCUCUCUAGUGUUCCAGGAUUAUUCAUAUACAGCACACUGUGGGGCCACACAUGAUCACUGACAGGUUUUACACUGAAGGUGACUUCCAGAGUAGUGCUACUCCUGUCCGAGAAAAGAACAGACCAGGGGUUGGCUUGAAAGUUUCCCUCCAGCUAUUUUGAGUUGGCUACAUUUGGAAAUGGAGGGCCAAUAGCUGUGGAGUACAUGGGCUACUGCACUUUAGGCAAAUAGAGACUUUAGAUAUAUGUGCAAAAACUCAUUUGUCUCUGGUAUUCUAGCAGAUCCUUUUAAGGGCUCCACAUGGGGCCUGUUCUCCUGACGUGCCUAUGUAUGAUCACAGAGGUGGCUUGUGGCAAAUGUAACCUCAAAGAUGGAUAUUAUAAGUUGCAGACUUAGGGUCCCCUCUCAGAAGAAGUCUAAAAAAGCCCAUGUUCAAGCAUUGUACUUCAAAUGAAACAAUGAUGAGGCACUGGAUAAUGACAAACUUGUUAAGGCCAACACCAAUGUUCUGUACUUUAUUAAAGUAUGUGAUGUUGCCUAGGAAGUUGAGGAGAUCUUUGUAACACCUUAGUGUUGGGCAACUUUCUUAACUUUUCCUUAACUCCCAAACAGUGUGUCAUACCUGGGAAUAAAGAGAAACAAGUGCAUUUUUCACAUUUUGGAUUGACUAAACCUUUAUAGAAACUCUUAACUCAUGAGUUGGUAAGGUUGCUGUUAAAAAAUGGUGCAAAUAAUUUUUUCAAUUACAUUUGACAUGCCUGUAUAAAUAGCCCUUGCAAGAAAUUCUUUGGAAAGAACAAAACUAACUUUUCCAUUUUCUAAGCUACUAUGGGAGUCUCUGGUCCCUUUAUAGCAACCAAACAACUGUCAGUCAUGUACAGUAACAUUUGUUUAUAUUCAUCUUUAGCUUCAUUGUUAUUCAUACUGUUUCCAAAGUAUCUUGAAGUACGUAGUGCCACUGUGGUUCUCCUCUGUGCCAUAUAUUGUAAUAACACACUCUGAGAGAGACCUCUCAACCCCUGCCUUCAAGUUGCUCAUGAUAGAUCCUUCCUCUAAAAUCAUUUCUGAGUUCUAGUAAGUGGAAAUUCUUUAACCUUUAAAUAUCUGUAUCAUCUACGGGCCAUAAAAAUGAUGUUGUUUGAUAUGUGACACUUAGCACACAAUGCUUUCCAUAUAGAAAUUUGUUUUUCUCUGACAGCUUUCAUCAGAAGAUUCAUUUCUUCCUACCAAAAGGGCAAUAACACAGCACUCUUGAUAUCUCUGUUGACUUUAACAUUCCCUACAUAGUGGUUUAGAUAAGCUAUUUUUUCCUAUAAAAUAUAAUGGCUAGAAUAUUACAUCAUUUCUGUCAGUCCUUUAGUGCAGCUACUUAGCUUUAUUGGUACUGUGUGCUUUGAGACCAGGAAGCCUGGACACAUCACUUUCUUAAAUGGCCAGCUAAAUUAAGGUGCGCUUUUGUGGACUUCCAGAUACCACCCACAGCUCUUUUUAACUUCUGAAAAUACAUUCCGCAGAAUACCUAACUUGCAAAUUUUUCAUAGGAAACGAAUGAAAGAAACAGAAUAGCUCUAGACCAGGUCUUUAUCUGUUGAGGCCACUUUCCUUUUUCUCUUUAAACAAAAUCACCAGGAACAUAUGCUUUAAGAGUUAAAUAUAUCUCUUGAGUUUUCAUCUAAAUCUUCCAAAAGACAUAAUGGCAGUACGUAAUCUUUUUUGUUCUCCAGUAUCAUAUGACACUGGGGCAUGCAUAUUGGUAUCAUAACUAAGCUGCCCAGCAUUACACUGUCUUUGAAUUAAUAAUAGAAGUAAAGAAAACUCAAGAAGUAGUAAGUGAUUCCUUGUUCACUAUUUUACCACAGCAGUGUCUGACCACAUAUUCCUUACCAUCGCUUGAGAACUCCAGAAUGCCAACAUAAAACAACGAAUUCCUCUCACUUUCACUUACUAUUUUAUAUAUUUGAGAACUGAAACUUUUUUUGCUUCAGACAAGUUCUACUAUGUAGUUUCGGCCAGCCUUGAACUUAGAACCUUCCUACCUCAGCCUUCCAAGUGCUGAGAUUACAGACAGGCACCACAAUAGCUAAAAUGAUUCUUUUGAAUUUCUUGUAGAAGAGACAAACCAGCCAAGUGUCUCAAGAUAUUUUCAAACAUGGCAGUUCCUUUCACCAUUCCCUAGGAGCUCCAUGAUAGUAAACACUCCUGAAGUGCUGACAUUUGCAGCGUCUGAGAGGUGAUCAUUCCUCUUCGUUGAGUUCUGUAGAAUACCAUGAAGAUUCAACCCAUUGGCUUUUAUAACUUGGAGGUCUCUGUUAGUAUAUUCUUGAAAGCUGAAAGACACUAAGCUGGAUUUGGAGUGCAUAUGUUUAGCACACAUCCUGAGCCAAGUCACAGUUUGGGUUUUUUUAGUACUUGUAAUUUAAUGCAAAGAAAUUCUCCAUUCACUACACUUCAGCAUGAGUGCCUAUCAGAAACAGUAAUGGGAAAGCCACGUAGGCCACAACCUAUGUUUUCAUACUCUGUCUUCCCUUCACUGACUAGUGAGUAAGUAAGUCCUUCUUUGUGGCCUUCUUGAAUUUAUCUGGUACAGUUGAGAAGACCCCUUUGUACUGAUGAUAAGAGUUUAGUAUUUGUUUUAUUUCAUGUUUUGAAAAUGUUCACUUUUUCCUACAAUGUAUAUUUAUUUGUCCUCAACCCCUGCUCCAGCUAUUGAAUUGGGUAAUUAGUGGUUUUAACUAAAGUGAGAAAACUGAAACAAUAUACAGGUAAGAGGGCACAGCCGAUAAAAGAGCUUUAAAGUAGUUACCUAGGUCAGGUGUCAGUGCGGGUCACAGUAAUACACACCCACAAUCCCAACACCCAGGAGGCUGAGGAAUAGGCAUGCCUGUGACCUCAAGGCCAGCUUGAGCUACCCAGUGACUUCUAAGCUAGCUAGGAUUACAUAGCAAGGCCCUAUUUUUAAAAACCAGUAACAACAACAACAAAAAAAAAUCAAAUGUAUGGCUAAUAUGAGACUAAGCACUCUUGUGCUCCCACUGAAAUCAUCUUUGCUAAUGAACUCAGCAGCCCUGUGCAUCAAACAUGAAGGUGGUUGCUUAUACUUUAGAACUCCUUUAAGUGGACAGAGAGAUCAUUUUUAAAGGACCUAGUUUUAUCUUCUAAGAAAGACACUUAGAAAGAUGAUUGUAUUACAUAACUUAUUCUUUAUAAUACUCUAUAAUAGAUUAUUCUUUUGCUUUAAUAUCUAGCAAAUGAGAUAAUGAACAAUUCUGUUAUAUGAUUUGAGUAGUUAGGAAUGAGUGUGCAUGUGUGCACUGUGUGUGUGUGUGUGUGUGUGUGUGUGUGUGUGGUAAAAUUUUAUAGAGUAUAUGAUUCUUUUGUUUACCUAGAUACCGUGCAACCAAAUACACAUUAGAUUUUGAGACAUAAUGUUCAAAACUGGAAGCCCAGACAGCAUCUCUGUGGCCUGUUUUCAAUGACUGUGCAUAAAACUCUGUCUAGUCUUUGUGCUGAGGGUCACAUUCAACACACUUCUCCUUUCUAUGGUAGCUUAUAUGUAAUACAUGCAAGGCACUUUACAUUACCCAUUUCCUGACCUUUAAAGCUCUGCAAACACGAGGAUGCCCAUAUAGACUAUACCUCAACAGGUGAUGUUCAUCUGGAAUUAUAAUAAGAAAAAGUAGAUGCUCAUAGAAUUUUAGUGUUUACAGUCAGCUUUCAUGUGUAUCAUUCUCAGUUUCCUCUUAAAAAAAAAAUGAACUACAGCUUGAACUUACCUCCAACAAAACAUAUCACCUGCUAUAGAACUAUCUCCAUCAAUAAUAUGUCCCCCUCAUUGUGUUCUCAUCUCUGGUUUAUCAUUAACAGUUUUUGAAAAACAGUUUUUGAAAAAUCAAUCAUUGAGAAGAAAAUGAACAUUACUUUUUAUUGACAAUUGAUUAACACAAGACUCCUUCCACUAACCUACAACUUUGAAUAACUAUAUUACAUAUGAAAAAUAAUCAAAGAAACCAAUUUGUGAGUAUAAAUGCAUCAAAAGACUAUUGUCAUAAAAGCACAAGAGUAAAGAUGGAGAUGAUCCCAGAAUCCAAGAUGUCCCAAUAGCCUCCUGAAUUGGUUUUACUAUUCUUGGCAUUUUUGCAUAAUGCAUGGAUUUUUUGUUUAAAUUAGGGAAUGGGUUUUUGUCCACCCUAUUUCUUUCUUUCCAUGUCCUGCCUUUCCUUUAACUGAGGAUUAAUCCAAAUCCGAUGCUAUUUUUAUGAAGUAUGAUUUUCCCCAGCAUCUACAAUAAAAACAUGUUAGAAUAAAGAAGUUGACUAGUCUGGAAAGUGCUAAUUGACCAUAAAAUCAACAUUAGCCACCAAUCUCUUCCUCUAUAAACACUGACCAAUUACUUGUUUCCAUAAUGCCAUGUAUUAUGUAUAGUAUACUCUAUUAAUGUAAAUGUGAUGCUUGUUAAGAAAGUGCAAUUUAUUGUACAUUGUCCCAACAAAUGUUUACUUUUAUAAUCGUUAUGAACUUGUAUUGGAUUGGUAUCUUGUUUAGAUGUGUGAAUGAAACCUUGUGAAUAAACACAUGUGACCAAGAAGGUAACAAGGUGGCUGUUUUGUGAGCCAGUGACAUUUUCAAUGCUUUGUGUUGCCCCUUUGGUCCCAUUAAACGGUAAUAAACAUUUGUUCUAAAGUG